UAGGAAUCUACGGCCUAUGGCGAGAGAGUGGUUUCGUUGUUGCUGAGUUACUGCGGCUGUCACUACCCAUAAUCCCAUGCGCUAUGCAGACUGUGUCCCGGAAAUACUGCCCCGCCCACUUCCUGUACACAGCUCCGCCCCCGGUCUGAUCUGCUUUCGCCUCCGCCAGGAGGGGGAGUAUAUAGAGGAACACAGGGGUCUGUACAAGGACGUGAUGAUGGAGAAUCACCGGCCCCUCACAUCACUGGAUGGGCCCAGUAACAGAGAUACCCCAGAGAGAUGUCCCCGUCCUCUGUAUUCCCAGGAUUGUACAGAGGAGAAUCACAGGAUCCCACAGGAGGAUCAGGUAGAACAUUUGUCUGAUAUUAAAACAGAAUAUAUAAAGGGAGAAGAAGAGACGUAUGUGACUGAUAUAAAGGCAGAAGAUAUAGAGGGAGAAGAAGAGACGUAUGUGACUGAUAUAAAGGCAGAAGAUAUAGAGGGAGAAGAAGAGACGUAUGUGACUGAUAUAAAGGCAGAAGAUAUAGAGGGAGAAGAAGAGACAUAUGUGACUGAUAUAAAGGCAGAAGAUAUAGAGGGAGAAGAAGAGACGUAUGUGACUGAUAUAAAGUCAGAAGAUAUAGAGGGAGAGGAGACAUAUGUGACUGAUAUAAAGGCAGAAGAUAUAGAGGAAGAAGAAGAGACGUAUGUGACUGAUAUAAAGGCAGAAGAUAUAGAGGGAGAAGAAGAGACGUAUGUGACUGAUAUAAAGGCUGAAGAUAUGGAGGGAGAAGAAGAGACGUAUGUGACUGAUAUAAAGGCAGAAGAUACAGAGGGAGAAGAAGAGACGUGUGUGACUGAUAUAAAGGCAGAAGAUAUAGAGGGAGAAGAAGAGACGUAUGUGACUGAUAUAAAGGCAGAAGAUAUAGAGGGAGAAGAAGAGACGUAUGUGACUGAUAUAAAGGCAGAAGAUAUAGAGGGAGAAGAAGAGACGUAUGUGACUGAUAUAAAGGCAGAAGAUAUAGAGGGAGAAGAAGAGACGUAUGUGACUGAUAUAAAGGCAGAAGAUAUAGAGGGAGAAGAAGAGAUGUAUGUGACUGAUAUAAAGGCAGAAGAUAUAGAGGGAGAAGAAGAGACGUAUGUGACUGAUAUAAAGGCCGAAGAUAUAGAGGGAGAAGAAGAGACGUAUGUGACUGAUAUAAAGGCAGAAGAUAUAGAGGGAGAAGAAGAGACGUAUGUGACUGAUAUAAAGGCAGAAGAUAUAGAGGGAGAAGAGACGUAUGUGACUGAUAUAAAGGCAGAAGAUACAGAGGGAGAAGAAGAGAUGUAUGUGACUGAUAUAAAGGCAGAAGAUAUAGAGGGAGAAGAAGAGACGUAUGUGACUGAUAUAAAGGCAGAAGAUACAGAGGGAGAAGAGACGUAUGUGACUGAUAUAAAGGCAGAAGAUACAGAGGGAGAAGAAGAGACGUAUGUGACUGAUAUAAAGGCAGAAGAUAUAGAGGGAGAAGAAGAGAUGUAUGUGAUUGAUAUAAAGGCAGAAGAUAUAGAGGGAGAAGAGACGUAUGUGACUGAUAUAAAGGCAGAAGAUAUAGAGGAAGAAGAAGAGACGUAUGUGACUGAUAUGAAGGCAGAAGAUAUAGAGGGAGAAGAAGAGACGUAUGUGACUGAUAUGAAGACAGAAGAUAUAGAGGGAGAAGAAGAGACGUAUGUGACUGAUAUAAAGGCAGAAGAUAUAGAGGGAGAAGAAGAGAUGUAUGUGACUGAUAUGAAGGCAGAAGAUAUAGAGGGAGAAGAAGAGACGUAUGUGACUGAUAUAAAGGCAGAAGAUAUAGAGGGAGAAGAAGAGACGUAUGUGACUGAUAUGAAGACAGAAGAUAUAGAGGGAGAAGAAGAGACGUAUGUGACUGAUAUAAAGGCAGAAGAUAUAGAGGGAGAAGAAGAGACGUAUGUGAGGGGUGAUCAGCAGUGUAAGGAGGAGGAGAUCCCUACAGAUAUCGGCACAGCAGAUGGACAUACAAGCAGGAAUAUCUCAGAAGGACAUCUAAUGUUAUCCCCAGAUUGUGAAAUAAAAGAUAAUGACAGUAGACAGGAUUCUCCAGGGGCUAACCCCAUUACCCCAAGUAUACAUCCAGCUCUAUCAGCUGAUCCCUCUGAUCCUGGGAAAUGUUCUCCUGAUCACUCUAAUAUUGGUGCAUCUGUUACAGCUCUGAGAGUAGAUACAGUGUUUCCGUGUUCUAUAGAUGCCAAAUGUUUUACACAGAACACAAAGCCUAUUUACCCACAGACAGGUAAGGCAGGUGAGAGGCCAUUUCCAUGUUCUGAGUGUGAAAAAUGUUUUACAUACAAAACAACUCUUGAUGCACAUAAGACAAUUCACACAGGUGCAUCACCAUUUCCAUGUUCUGAGUGUAGGAAAUGUUUUACCUGGAAAUCACAACUUGUUACACAUCAGCGAAAUCACACAGGUGAGAAGUCAUUUCCAUGUCCUGAGUGUGGGAAAUGUUUUGCACACAACUCAGAUCUUGUUAGACAUAACAGAAGUCACACAGGUGAGAAUCUAUUUCCAUGUUCUGAGUGUGGGAAAUGUUUUACCUGGAAAUCAGAACUUGUUAGACAUCAGCGAAGUCACACAGGUGAGAAGCCAUUUCCAUGUUCUGAAUGUGGGAAAUGUUUUGCACACAAAUCUGAUCUUGUUCUACAUCAGAAAAGUCACACAGGUGAGAAGCUAUUUUCUUGCUCUGAGUGUGGGAAAUGUUUUACCUUGAAAUCACAACUUGUUAUACAUCAGCGAAGUCACACAGGUGAAAAGCCAUUUCCAUGUUCUGAGUGUGGGAAAUGUUUUGCACAGAAAUCAAAACUUGUUAGUCAUAAGAGAAGUCACACAGGUGAGAGGCCAUUUCCAUGUUCUGAGUGUGGGAAAUGUUUUGCACGGAAAUCAGAUCUUGUUAUACAUCAGAGAACUCACACAGGUGAGAAGCUAUUUUCUUGCUCUGAGUGCAGGAAAUGUUUUACCUGGAAAUCACAUCUUGUUACACAUCAGCGAAGUCACACAGGUGAAAAGCCAUUUCAGUGUUCUGAGUGUGGGAAAUGUUUUGCACACAAAUCAGAUCUUGUUCUACAUCAGAGAAGUCACACAGGUGAGAAGCCAUUUCCAUGUUCUGAGUGUGGGAAAUGUUUUGCACGGAAAUCAGAUCUUGUUAAACAUCAGAGAACUCACACAGGUGAGAAGCCAUUUCCAUGUUUUACGUGUGGGAAAUGUUUUACACACAAAUCAGAUCUUGUUAUACAUCAGAGAAGUCACACAGGUGAGAAACCAUUUUCUUGCUCUGCGUGUGGGAAAUGUGUUACACGGAAAUCAUAUCUUAUUACACAUCAGCGAAGUCACACGGGUGAGAAGCCAUUUUCUUGCUCUGCGUGUGGGAAAUGUUUUACACAGAAAUCCCAUCUUGUUAAACAUCAGCUAAGUCAAGGUAAGAGGCCAUUUCCAUUUUCUGAGUGUGGGAAAUGUUUUACCCAGAAAUCACAACUUGUUACACAUCAGAGAACUUACACAGGUGAGAAGCCAUUUCCAUGUUCUGAGUGUGGGAAAUGUUUUGCAUACAAAUCAGAUUUUGUUAUACAUCAGAGAAGUCACACAGGUGAGAAGCCAUUUUCUUGCUCUGUGUGUGGGAAAUGUUUUGCACGCAAAUCAGUUCUUGUUACACAUCAGAGAAGUCACACAGGUGAGAAGCCAUUUUCUUGCUCUGAGUGUGGGAAAUGUUUUGCACACAAAUCACAUCUUGUUACACAUCAGAGAAGUCACACAGGUGAGAGGCUAUUUUCUUGCUCUGAGUGUGGGAAAUGUUUUGCACAGAAAUCCUAUCUUGUUAAACAUCAGCGAACUCACAAAGGUGAGAGGCCAUUUCCAUGUUCUGAGUGUGAGAAAAGUUUUGCACAGAAAUCCUAUCUUGUUAGACAUCAGACAAGUCACAGGUGAGAAGCCAUUUCCAUACUCGGUGAGAAAUAAAUUAGCUCUUGUUGCACACAAUAGACAUCACUCAGGUGAGGAACCAUUUUAGUCUGGAGUAUACUUCUCAUUGCCAUGUAAUGUUCCUCAAGGUUCUUAUCCUAUCUCCUAUGCUUUUUACAAUAUACAUGCUAUUGCAGGGUGAAAUAAACAGAUGUCAUGCCCUCAUCUACCACUGCUAUGCAGAUGACCUGUCUUUUGCUCCGGGUACUGAGAACCCAAUAUCAAUCCUAAAUGUCUAGCUGAGCUCCAGGUGUGGGAGAUGCCAGUUCGCUGUGAUUCAGUCCUGGUGAAACAGGUCCUUAUGAUAGAAGCUCAACAACAAAGGGCAGGUCUACAGCUCAGCUUUACCUACCAACCAGACACACUUGGGGGUUCAGAGUUACAAAAUGCAGAUCAUGUGCGGAAUCUUUGUGUCCUGCAUUGUGGAGUGACACUUAGACAUCAGGUAUCCGCCACAAUCAGAUCCUCAUCUGAGGAACAUAGCCAGAUUCCAGCACUUAUUUCCCUCAGAAGAUCUAUCUACAGUCAUACAUGCACUUGUAGCAUCACACAUAGAUUACUGCAAUGUCCUCUACCUGGGUCUCCCAGCAAAAGAAUUGCAGAGCUUGUACAGAAUGCAGCAGCCAGGCUGUUACCUAACCAGCCCGUUCCUGCCACAUAACACCCAUUCUCUGCUCCCUUCACCGGCUGCCUGUAAGAUGGUGAAUCUAUUACAUAAUCUUACUGACUCUCCCAGCCCUACAUGACCAGGGUCCAUGGUACCAGAAGCAGCUUCUGCCUCCUUACUGCCCUGGUUACUUCCAUCUGCAGAUGAAGACUGUUACCAGCAGUACCAAGAUUCUCCAAGCAGUGCUGAGAUGUCAGGGGGGAGACAGGG